CAGAAAAGAGUAACUCUUCCUGCCCUAAAAGAGAAAAAGAGACAACCGGUUUGGCAGUGUACUUGUCCAUAUAUAUGUGGUUUUCCUUAUUUCCCCAUAAAAAUCCAAUCUUGGUGGCAUUUUGUUACAUGUUUGCUUGUUUUUGUUAAGAUUUUUAUAGAACCAUAACACUUUUUUUUGUGAAGAAAAAAUGAUUGUAAUUCUUUUCUGAGUAUUAUCUGUUGGUUUUUGAUACGGUGUUGCAGAUACGUUACAUAAAUUAACACAAAACAGGAUAAUGGGAAGGGGUAAAGUGGAGCUGAAGAGAAUAGAGAACAAGAUAAAUAGACAGGUAACCUUUGCAAAAAGAAGGAAUGGUCUGCUGAAGAAGGCCUAUGAACUCUCCAUCCUAUGUGAUGCUGAGGUUGCUCUCAUCGUAUUCUCCAAUCGUGGCAAACUCUAUGAGUUCUGCAGCAGCUCUAGUAUGUCCAAAACGCUGGAGAGGUAUCACAGAUGCAGCUAUGCUGAUGCUGGAAUGAACCAAUCCUCCAAGGAUCCACAGGGUGACUACCAGGAGUAUCUGAAGCUUAAAGCAAAAGUGGAGGUAUUACAACAAUCUCAGAGGCAUCUUCUGGGGGAAGACUUGGCUCAGCUGGGUGCAAAGCAGCUCGAUCAGCUCGAGCGUCAGCUUGAUGCAUCUUUGCGGCAAAUUAGGUCCACAAAGACUCAGCAUAUGCUGGAUCAACUCUCAGAUCUGCAGCAAAAGGAAAAAUCACUGAUGGAAGUAAACAAGGCCUUGAGGAACAAGUUAGAAGAAACCACUGCAGCAUUUCAGUUAUCAUGGGACGUCUCAGAGGAGCAUAAUUUACGACAUAGAUCUCAGACAAUUCAUCCUGAGGGAUUCUUCCAGCCCCUUGAAUGCAACAGCUCCAUCAUGAACUACAACAUGGUGGUAGCCGAUGCUGAGGCAGAGCCAACACAAAAUCCCAGUGGAAUCCUACCAGGAUGGAUGCUUUGAGAAUAUAUAUAUAUAUAUAUAUGUAGCAAUUAAACACAAUUUGAAUUGGAAGGCCAACAAAUUAAUACGUGUGGUACACAGGUUCCUAAUUUUGCUGUAUUUUCCAUUGAAAUGGGAAGAUAAAAAUAAAUUAUGUUCUUGGGCCAACAGGAGGCAUAAGUGGAUCCUGUUGGAGUAAUGUACGUACCAUAGCAGCAUUAACAUAUUGCCAACUCUACAGUUUUCAAGGAUAGAUAAAGACAUGGAAUGUCUUUCUUUCUUUUUCUUUUUCUUUUUCUUUUUUUUUUUUCCGAAGACUUGGAAUGUAAUAAGAUGGGAUCUAUAAUCUUGUGGGGAAUGGCUAUCUUUAUUGAACUGAAA